CUUAUUUGCUGAUCGAUUUCGUAUCUAUAUUGGAUUUGCAGAAUAAUUUUUACAGUUCGUGGAUCAAUUAAUUAGAUUAAAAGUUUUUAUUCGUGGUUAAACGCAGUCGAAAAAAAUGGGUUGCGAUGGAGGUACCAUUCCGCGUCGGGAUGAGCUGGUGCGGACUGCUAAAAAACCAGAACAGAAAGAUAAAGAUGCAGAACGCGAGUUUCGUUGGCUGCAUUGUGCCCUUACCCAACAGCGUUUACAAGAGCCAAUUGUAAUGUGCAGCCUUGGACGUUUAUACUCCAAGCAAAGCCUCAUUGAGCAAUUAUUGGAAAAAGAUAAAAUGCCUGAAUCUAUCAAACACAUUCGCAGUCUUAAAGAUAUAAAAAGUCUCAACUUAACACCAAAUCCAGCUUACACUGAUGAAGAUAAACCCGAGGGUCUGUUGGACACGCGACAUGCUCGUUAUAUUUGCAAAUUAAGUGGCCUUGAAAUGUCUGGUAAAUUUCGUUUUGUGGCGUUGUGGACUUGUGGUUGCGUCAUAGCUGAGCGUGCAAUUAAGCAAAUCAAACGUGACAAUAGUGGUGGUAGCACAUGCCCCCUUUGUUUAAUACCCUUUGGUAUCGAAGAUGUGGUUAUUCUCAAUGCAGCAGAUGAAGAUUUGGAACUGAUGCAAGCUAAGAUGGAGAUGCGUAAUGUAAAACGUAAGACUUGUAAAAAGGAUAAGAAGGAGAAAAAGGAAAAGAAGAUUAAUGAAACUUUCACUGGUAAAGAGGAGACGGCAAAGCAGGAACGGAAUAAAACAGAAGGUAUAAAUGAGGAGAAAAGCACCAUAACGAACGGGAAGCUUACUAAAAAAGAAAAGCUGUGUGCAAAUGGACCUUCAACAAGCAAAACUGCAGCAGCCGUAACAAAAAUGAAACUUGUUGCCAAUUUAAAACGUGUAGGUGCGGCUGAGGAUGCUUUAGAAGAUCCCGAGAUGAAACGUUUGAAAAACGACUACAGCGUUGCAAAGGACCCUAAGGCUAGCGAUGUAUACAAGUCCUUAUUUACCACACAUAAAAGCGAAAAAGAACAAUCCCGCGCACAUUGGGUUACCUACAAUCCGUUUUAUAAUUAACCACAUUUCUUUAAAAAUUAUAAAAUCUUGUAUUAGAAUUGUCUCAGAUAUAUGUAUAUCUACAAAAUAAGUAUGUAUAUUCACAAAAUAAACUAAUAAUAACCCCGUAUAUCAGUAGUUUACAUUCGAAAUGAAAUCGGGAUCAUAAUGUA